AUGGAUAAACAUAUGGAUAAAAAAAUAUUUGUAAUUUCGAUUUUUGUCGAGCUAGAUAUAGCAUUUUGCCCUGUGCGCGCCGCGCCGAUAAAAGAACGAAAACGAAAUGAUGUUACCAUAGAAACGCAUUCUGAUUUUUGGGACUUGAAAAAAAUCAACGACGAUUUAUAUUUCUUUUAUUUUUCAAUUAAUUUUCAAUUAAAACAACCCACGGACAUACUAUUGUCCGUUUUCUUUACAACUAGAUCCGAUGGAAUAUUAGAUGUUUGGGAUGUACUGCAAGAACAGAAACAAGCGUGUCUCAGCGUAAAGGUUUGUGACGAAAGGUUGAGGUGCAACAGAACUCACGAAAUGGGAAAAUUGGUAGCGGUAGGAAAUGACAAAGGUACCACUUAUCUCGUCGAAUUCAGCGAUAAUUUAUCGGUAUCCAACAAAAAUGAUAAAGUGCUUUUAACAGCGGUAAGUACCAAUUGAUUUUAAGUGAGAUAUUGUUAAGUUUUCUUACCACUGCUACAGAUAGAGUUGAGUGAAUAAAAUGUAGGCAAAA